ACCACACGUUUACACUCUUCACUACACAUAACUACAUAGCACGUGCUAAUUCUUUACUACUUCGAUUCGAUAAAGAAUUAAAUUUAUUAUUUAAAAUUUGGUCAUUAAUUUUUUUUAUUUAGGCGGCGAAACGUAUCAUCAUGGUUGUAUUCACUUGUAAUAAUUGUGGCGAUUCAGUAAAUAAGCCUAAAGUGGAUAAACACAUACAGUAUGAAUGCAAACGUAAGAAUUUUGCAGUUAGCUUCUGUUGCGUUGACUGUUUAAAGGAUUUUAAUUAUGAGACUGUAAGAGAUCAUUGUCAGUGUAUAACUGAAGACGAGAGAUAUUCUGCAAAAGGCUAUGUACCUAAACCGUCAGCUGAAAAAGGAAAACGUAAACAAGCUGGUUGGGUCGAUAUUGUUCAAUCAGUAUUGAAUAAUAAAAAUUUGCCUAAUGAGCAAAGACAAUUUUUGAAUGUUAUAGCCAAGUUUGAUAAUGUCCCAAGAAAAAAAAAUAAAUUCCAGAACUUUUGUUUUUCUACAGCCCCUGCUUAUAGAAAUAAAGGAUAUUUAGUAGACCAAGUGUUUGAUGUGAUAGAAGCUGAGUAUAAAGCACAACUACCUCAGAAUUCAAAUGAAAAACCAGUUGAUAAUACAACAAAGGAUAUAGAAAAGAAUGAUUCAACUCAAAAAGAAUCUCAAGAAAUUAAAAAAAAAAUGAACAUUGAAAAUGACAAAAUAGUUACAAGUUUAAAUGGUAGUAAUGAAACAGAAGAACCACCAAAGAAGAAGAAGAAAAAAAAUAAACAAUCUCUUGAUACAGAAAAUUAUGAAACUGAAACAAAAUUAAAAGAAAAUGUUGAACCACUAACACAAAACAAAAAAAACUCAUUUCAAAAUAAUUCUGUUGCUGAAAAAAAAUCGGAUGUAAAAGAUACAAAUAUAACUGAAACUAAGUCUAGCCCAACUAAAAAGCCUAAAAAAAAUAAAAAAAAUGAUUCAAUUCAAGAGGUACAAGAAAUUAAGGAUAACAAGAUUAUUAAUAGUGAAACUAUUGAACAAUUAAAUGGUAAUUGUAAAAGUGAAGAAACACCAAAAAAGAAAAAAAAAAGUAAAAAAUCUCUUGAUGCAGUAAAUUAUGAAACUGAAAUAAUAGCAGAAAAAAAUGUUGAACCACAAUUAGCAGAAGCUCAGCCAAGUUCUUCUAAAAAAUCUAAGAAAAAUAAAAAUAAAUCAGAAAUAGAAUUAAAUAAUGAUCCAACUCAUAGUAUUGUUUCUAAAACUAAUGAGAUAUGUGAAAAUAAUGUAGAAAAUGGAAUUCUUCAAGAAAAAUCAGAAAUACAAAUGAGUAAAAAGGAGAAAAAAGAAAUGAAAAAGAAAAUUAAAUACCAACAAGAAUUAGCUACUGUUUCCAAUGGCAUUGUAGAAUCAAAUAAAGAACCAGUAUUAAAAAAGAAAAAGAGGAAGUUAAAUGACAAUGAAGAAACUGAAGAACCACAACAAAAAAUUUUAAAAACUGAUAUCUCCCAAGUUCCCGAAGUACAGUCUGGCCGUAAAUUUGAUUGGAAUGAAGCUAUAAAUCAAGUAUUGCAAACUAAAAAAAAUAAACCAAUGUCAUUAAGUAAAGUAAUGAAAAGAGUUAUGUGUGAAUUUCAUUCUUUGAACCAAACUAAUAAGUCUGAAAAUGAUCUAGAGAAGAUAUUUUUGAAAAAAAUAAGGAAAAUGAAAAAUGUCACGAUUGAAAAUGAUAAAGUACUAUUAGUAGGAUGUUAAUUUAAUAUUUUGAUAAUUUUGUAUUGUACAUUUCACUGGUACUAUAAUUUAAGACUAUUAAUAAAUAACAAUAUAAUA